GGGCCAGGUGGCCUCAGACCCCAGCUGCAGGGCCAGGUCACCCAGUCAGCCCUCACUUGCUCUCUUUUCUUCUUCAGACUGCGCCAUGGGGCUCAGCGACGGGGAGUGGCAGUUGGUGCUGAACAUCUGGGGGAAGGUGGAGGCUGAUGUCGCAGGCCAUGGGCAGGAGGUCCUCAUCAGGCUCUUUAAGGGGCACCCUGAGACCCUGGAGAAAUUCGACAAGUUCAAGCACCUGAAGACAGAGGACGAGAUGAGGGCCUCCGAGGACCUGAAGAAGCACGGCUGCACCGUGCUCACCGCCCUGGGGGGCAUCCUCAAGAAGAAGGGGCAUCAUGACGCGGAGCUGAAGCCCCUGGCCCAGUCGCAUGCCACCAAGCACAAGAUCCCCGUCAAGUACCUGGAGUUCAUCUCAGAAGCCAUCCUGCAGGUUCUGCAGAGCAAGCAUCCCGGGGACUUUGGCGCUGACACCCAGGGUGCCGUGAGCAAGGCCCUGGAGCUGUUCCGGAACGACAUCGCUGCUAAGUACAAGGAGCUGGGCUUCCAGGGCUGAGCUCCUGGGCGCCGCCGCCCGCCGCCUGUGCUCUGGGCCCGGUGGGCAGUGGGGCCUAGACCUCGUGUAGCUGCUAGAGCUUGCUUCUGAGUGUCUGCUUUGUUCAUGAGAGGUGGGUGGGAGAGGCGGAGGGUUGGGCAGUGGGGUGUUCCGGGUGGUUUCACCUGCCCGGCGACUGGGCUCCCUGAGGACGGCUGUCACCCUGGGAGCAGAAGAACAAGGUGUGGCCCUUGCCUUCCUGUGGCCUGCAGAGUUUGGGUCACACUUCAUUCUCCCCUCACCUAAAUUCCAACCUAAUUCCUUCCAGCCGCCAAACCCAGCAGCUUUACCCUCACCUUUAAUCCCGAAGCCAAGCCAUAAACUAGGCACCUGCCAUAGUGACCCACCUGACCCGCCACCCCACCCCCCGCCCCAUCAGGGCAGCACAGUGUCCCUCUCCAGGGAGAAGGAGGUCUGGGCAGAGUGGGACAGUGACCCCACCCACCCCAAGGGAGGUGUCAGGUGUCUGGAACAUACGUGUGCCUUCUCCAAGAAUGGAGUGACUCACCUGGUUUUAAUAAAAGACCUGUGCAUAUCA